AUGGGGUGCACGCUCCCUUCUAGCAGGCCCCGUGCAGAUGUGAACGUGUUGAUCCGGCUUUGCGAGAUCUCCAGCCAGAGCGACGUCGUGGCCAGAGUCAUUCAGAGAAUUUGUGAAAAGAAGAAGAAGAACGUUCUGGCGUUCGGCUAUGCCCUGAUGAACGAUAAUAUUCACCAGCAGCCCUGCAUGCCAAAUGUCUACAACUACAUGCCCAAUAACACAACGGAAACCAUUCGCCAAAGCGUGCUCUGGGAAAUAAUCCUGAGCAGAGUUGGCGAUGACGUUAUGAUGUAUCUGCUGGAGCACUGCGCUCUUUUCGUGCUUGUUCCCCCAAGCUGCUGUUACCAGAUCUGUGGGCAGCCCUUUUACGAACUCCCUUUGCAGAAUACAGCCCCCCUUCCAGAGUUCUUCAGGUUGAAAUGUCCUGGCCAGAAGCGGAGCAUCUUAUCAGGUUAUCUGCAAGGGGGUUUCUUUGGCAGGCGACACCUAAAAAGAGCAAAAUCCAGAAGACAGAGCAGGAGCAAAGUGCGAGACGUUUCAGGAUUCGGCUCUCGCCGGUCGUUAAUGGUUUGGGGAGAUGCUGGGCAAACCCCUAAAACAAACAAACCCAUUCCUAAUGCCAGUGACCAGCUAGAGGGCCAGCAAAGAGCCAGUCUGUGUCUCUCUUUAACCACACCUUUGCGUAAAAGGAAAUGGGGGGGACAGUGUGAGAUCAGCUCCAAGAGAAUGAAAAUCAUGCAAGCGGAGAAGGAGCGGGAAAAUGGGAUGAGCAACCCAGUUCCCGUUGGAAGCAAAACUCAGUUGAUGCUUGCUGUUGAUGGCGUUGGAGUUAACACAUCUGAAGGAAAUGCAAGGUCGCUGCCUGAGGAAGGGUUUACUCUGGUGAAGCCUGUCCCUCCGAGAGGGGAAUGUGGAGCACAGAACUCGGUUGUAUCUGGCACAGCUCAAGAAAAUCAAAUGUUUCCGGCGAGCAGUAAAGGCUUAGAGCAAGAGCAGGAGAACCGAACACGCUAUGCUGGACCUCACACCAGAACAAGGCCCAACUCCAGGCUGGCAAAGGUGAAACCCGGAAAUUCUGGCGCUCGUUCAGCACAGCAGCUAGCGAAGGAAACCACCGCUGUGGGAAGGGACAUUCCUGAAACCAGGUCACCAAAGUCCUCCCGUGCAUCUUCUCUUCCUGCUAUGCAAAUUGAGAGGUGCUCCCUCUUGUACUCUUGCCAGCAUUUGAAGGAAUGUUUACCGAAAUCUUUCAUACUAAAUCGCUUAAAGGGUUCUCUGUCGGGCGGACGGCGACUAGUAGAAACAAUAUUCUUCAGCGGUAAAUUCUCAGAACCGCUGGGCAGGUCAAAACUCCCAAGCUGCCAAGAGAGGAGGAAGAGGCUUCCAAAACGUUACUGGCAGAUGCGGAAUGUAUUCCAGGAGCUGCUGCAGAACCAUGCCAGGUGCCCUUACCUGGCAGUGUUGAGAAAGAAUUGUCCCAUCCAGGUAGCUGAGACAGGCAAAGGACCACAAAAAGGCCAUCAGGAGGAGAGUUUGUUCACCACACUGCAGGUGGACAUCGCCGAAAAUGGUCCCAGGUCGGUCCCAGCUGACUUGAACACCUUCCCAGGAGUUCCAGGUGGGAGCUCUGGAAAAGGGGAGCCGAGUCGCAAAGAAUCGGAGUUGCACGUUCCCCAGGGAGCCUCCAGUUCUGACCUGACAGCGUUCCUUAAGCAACACAGCAGUCACUGGCAAGUGUACACUUUUGUGAGGGAAUGCCUGGAGAGAGUGAUACCGGCUGCGCUCUGGGGUUGUGACCACAACAAGUGCCGGUUCUACAGAAACAUGAAAAAAUUCAUCUCCCUGGGGAAGUUUGGCUCGUUUUCUUUGCAGGAGUUGAUGUGGAAGAUGAAGGUGAACAGUUGCGCUUGGCUUCGCCUGAGCAAAGAACGUGGCCAUUUUGUUCCCGCGUCUGAACACAGUUUUCGGCGAGGUCUGCUCUCCAAAUUCCUUUACUGGCUGAUGGAAUCCUACAUUGCAGAACUCUUGCGAUCUUUUUUCUAUAUCACAGAGACCAUGUUUCAGAAGAACUUGCUUUUUUUCUUUCGAAAGAGUAUAUGGAGCAAGUUGCAGAGCCUUGGGGUCAGGAGUCACCUCACCAAAGUACGCCUUCGUGUCCUAUUGAAGGAGGAGAUCAAAACUCUGCAACAGAAGAAGUGUGUUCCCUUGGCAUCAAAGCUCCGCUUCAUCCCCAAACCAAAUGGGCUAAGGCCUGUGGUGAAGCUGCAUAGUGUGGUGGGAGCGGAAACAUUCUGCAAGACCAGCCGAGACAAAAAGGUUCAGUACUUCAACACCCGGCUGAAGAACCUGUUCAGUGUUCUUAAUUACGAACGACUGAAGAACCCCGCCUUGCUCGGCUCCUCUGUGUUUGGGAAAGAUGAUAUUUACGUCCGGUGGAAGAAGUUUGUUUUGAAGGUUUUGGCGUCGAAUCCUGAAAUGCCCAGAUUCUACUUUGUGAAGGCUGACGUCACAGGAGCUUACGACACGAUUCCUCACGAUAAACUGGUGGAGGUGAUUUUGCAGGCCAUCGCUCCAGGCAAAAAGACCACCUACAGCAUACGGCGCUAUGCCGUGAUCGUGAGGACAAGAAAUGGAUUUAUGAGGCGAUACUACCGGAGAUACAUCUCUGCUUACAAGGAAUUUAUUCCUGAUAUGAAACGGUUCGUUUGUCAUCUUCAGGAGAGCAGUUCCCUGCAGAAUGCGAUUGUGGUGGAGCAGAGUGUUUCUUUGAAGGAAAGACGUUCCAGCCUCUUUGAGUUUUUCUUACAGUUCAUCCGUAAUAAUAUCUUGAAGAUUGAGGACCGGUACUACGUGCAGUGCUGUGGGAUCCCGCAGGGCUCCAUCUUGUCCACUCUGCUCUGCAAUCUCUGCUAUGGAGACAUGGAGGACAAACUGCUUCGUGGCGUGCAGGAAGAUGGACUGCUGAUGCGUUUGACGGAUGAUUUCUUGCUUGUUACACCUCAUUUAACACAAGCAAAAGCAUUUUUGAGGACGCUGGCCGUGGGCAUUCCAGAGUAUGGCUUUGCUAUCAACCCAGCCAAGACAGUGGUGAACUUCCCUGUCGAUGAGGAUAUUCCAGGAUGCUCGGAGUUCAAGCAAUUACCAGCUCACUGUGUAAUUCCAUGGUGUGGAUUGUUAAUUAGUACACAGACCCUUGAAAUGUAUUGUGAUUACUCAAGGUACGCUUGCACCUCCAUCAGGUCCAGCCUUUCGUUCAACUGCAGCAACAAACCUGGAGUGAGCAUGAGAAAUAAACUCCUUGCCGUCCUGCAGCUGAAAUGCCACAGUCUAUUUGUUGAUUUACAGAUCAACAGCCUUAGGACAGUCUGUAUUAAUGUGUACAAGAUACUCCUCCUGCAAGCUUUCAGGUUUCAUGCCUGCGUUCUUCAGCUUCCAUUCCGUCAACAAGUAAAAAAUAAUCCCCAUUUCUUCCUGAGGGUCAUAUCUGACAGCACUUCGUGCUGCUUCUCUGCCUUGAAAGCCAAAAAUGCAGAGAUGUAUUUUUCUCCUGCUUGUACUUCUGCUCCGCUUACCUUCGAAGCGACACAGUGGCUCUCCUACCACGCCUUCAUUGUGAAGCUGGCCAAUCACAAGGUCAUUUACAAGUGUCUUCUGGGCCCACUCAAGCAGUGUAAAAUAAAGUUGCUUCGACAAAUUCCAGAAGGUACCAUGAAGCUCCUCAAGGAAGUGACAGAGCCGGCUCUGUACGAAGACUUCAAAGUCAUUUUGGAUUAAUGACUUAUAGCCACAUUCAUUUCCACACAUACAUUCACCUAAGAUUUUUGUCUACAAAACAGCUGAGAAUAUAAUAGGUUCCUUUAAAAGACUUUGCCUUAUCCAGUCAGAGGUGAAAUUUUAAGCUAUUUUAGCUUUUCCCCAACAUACACACUUGCACAAAAUUAAAAUUGAGUAGAUGGAUAUCUCUUUUGAUCCCACAAAACAAAAAUGAACUUUAUAUUUCUGAUAAAUAGUGAAACAUUUUUCCCGGGGUGGGGCUGGGGUCAAAAAAUCUGACAUUUCCUUGGCAUGUGUUUCAAAGCAGGAAAAUUUAGUUUGGUGGCCUUUUUCCUUGGAAAGAUCCAGUGCAUUCAGCAACAGAGGAGCAGCCCAAAGCCACUGUUGAAAAUAGUUCCUCAAUCAAGAAGUGAAUAACGUACGUUCUGGGAUGUGCAUUAUAUUUGUUUAGGGUGUCAAUAUUAUGCUUUCCGUGGAAUUCUUGGGUUCUUAUUUUAAAUAAAAUGAAAUGUAAUGAUGAUGAUGAUAAUAAUAAUAAAUAGGGAAAAUAUAUUUUUCUACACUCCAGCAGUGGUGAGCAAACUGCUUGAUCUGGUGCCUUGUUUGAAAAGUGGCUGUCGGUUUCCAUAAUCCAUUCUGUAAUACUGCUGCAAACAAGUUCUGAAAAAUGUACCUUUUGUUUUCCAUAAUCGGUAGUGCCAUAAUCAUGGAGUUGCUCUUCCACCUUGCUGGGAGUUUUCUAACAACAUUUCAUUAUUUGCAUGUGUGAUACGACUAUUACAUUACACAAAUUUUAUCGGCAAGGCCAGUAAUUCACAGUGGAUAAUCCUUUUUCAGGAGCCUGUUUUGUUUAUGCUCAGCUCUCAGUCAUUUGUACAUGCAAGAGUAGAUGAGCCUGAGAUUAAAAUAUGCAGUCGAGCAUAAGGAUUGGAGAUACUGUUCUAGUUUUAUGGCGGACAUUGAACCUACAUUGUAGAAAGCACAGCCCUUUCCAGCCCUUGAGUGGCAUCACAAAGUGCUCAUUUGUCAUGUUAAUUGGGAAAGAGGAUGGAUGACAUUGUCAAGGUCAUUGUAUCAUGGUUGGUGAUAACUUGUUUACUUAAGGACUGGAAUAAUCCAUUCAAAGAGCGAGUGCCAUUUCUGCAGCCAGGUAUUUCUGUAUAAAUAAAGUUCUGUUCCUCUC